AUGGUGACUACAAGACGAUUUGAGAUCGGAUCCAGGUCGGAAUCAGGAGCUGACAGUCAGGGUGGGCCAGCAUUGUCAGAGGACCGCAUCAGGGAGAUCAUUCACGAGGAGGUGGUUACUAUUGUUUGGGGGCAGAUUCCAAAGAUGUUCGGGUCUAUCAAGACCACGAUGAUGGAGUUCUUUGAUGAUCGAUAUGCAGCCAUUGCUGAGACGGCUGAUGCUGCAGCCGUGGCGGAUGCAAGUGUUAGGACAGGGCAGGUGUUUCAGUAUCGGGACCUCGAUAUUACAAAUCCCCCGACUUUCGAUGGAUUUCAUGACCCGAUCACAACUAUGAGGUGGCUAUUUGAUGUGGAGGGAUUGCAAGAGUAUCUGGAUUUGAGACAGGGUUCUGAGACGGUGACAGAGAUCACCAAGAUGUUCAUGGAGAGAGCUAUGUUCCACCCUGAAUUUGCUGCAUCUAAGCAGGCUCAGAUGACCCGUUACUUGAGUAUGCUCAAGACGGAGAUUAGGCAGUUUGUUUCUACACAACACUAUGGUUUAUUGUUGGAGAUGCAGGAGGCCUCCAGGCAGUGUGAGAUUGAGAUUGAUCUGCAGACGAAAGAGUUGAGGUUGGCACUGACGCAGUUGCAGCCUACACCAAAGUGGUUUAAGACCACUAAUGUCAGAUCUGGGGGCCGAAAGGGCCGCACUUGCGAGAAGUGCGGCAAGGUGCGCGAGGGUGCUUGUCGAUCAUCGUCUGGGUGCUACAAGUGUGGUCGGCAGGGCCACAUGGCGAGGGAUUGCCGCCACCAGGCUCCAUUACUCAGUUCCAUGAUUUGUUAUCGUUACGACCAGGUUGGCCAUGUGAAGGCCAACUAUUCAUCGCUCGCUGCCAGGCCAGCGCAGGCUCCAGCACCGACUACUUUGAUGAUCAUUGACGGGAGUCAGGGCAGGACGGAGCCCCCGAGGGCUCGAGGUCGUGCUUUCCAGCUUACUGCCUGGGAGGCCAGUGCAACACAAAAUGUUGUAACUGGUAAAUUUCGAGUGAAAUCCAUUCCUGCAUUAGCGUUGUUUGACUCGGGUGUAAGUUGGUCCUUUGUUUCUCGGUCUUUUAGUAGGGAGUUUGCAUUGCCCAUAGGGGAUUUGGAGUAUCCGUUGCGAGUUUCUAUCACCAACGAACAUGGGGUUUCUGAUUCUUCAAUUUAUCAGGGUUGCGUUCUGGAGAUCUUCAGGGUAUCUGUUCUGAUCAAUUUGAUUCCUAUUCCCAUGAGGUAUGCCUGCAUAAUUGUGGGUAUGGAUUGGAUGAGACGUUUCGGUGCCAUGAUCAACUGCGAGGGUCAGCGUGUGGAUACGCGGGUUGGGGAUCAUGUGUCGGCUGUCGUUGUUUUUGUUGUUAGGGAGUUCGCUGAUGUAUUCCUGGAGGAGUUACCCGGUGUGCCUCCAGAGAGGCAGGGGUAUGUGUUGGAUUAA